AUGUCUGCAAAGCCAAGUCGUGGUUGGGACUCCGCCGCCCAUGGCGACCUCCUCCUUGCUUUCAUCGAGGAGGCCACUGCAACUAAGGCGACCAUCACAAGUGUGACUGAGAAGCUUCGCAAGAAGGGAUACACAUACUCCUAUGACGCUGUCAACCAGCACGUUCAGAAGCUGCGACGGGCUCGGGACGUCACCGGCUUCGAGGCCGCUGUUGGUGGACCUCGUUCCGCUACUUCUACUCCUCGCAAGACCGCCACCCCUCGCAAGCGCGCCACUCCUGCCAAGAAGGGCAAGGCGAUGGCUUCUCCCGAGGCUGAUAACGAGGAAGACGAGAAGCAAAACCUCAAGAAGGAGGUCGACUCGGACGAGGAGCAGGUUGCUACUCCAAAGCGCCCUGCUAAGCGCGCCAAGAAGACCCCCAAGGUCGAGCCUGAGAUGGAGGCCGAGGAGUACGUGGAAAUGGAGGCUGAGAUCUAA